AUGGCUCCUAGCAAAGGCCCCAACGUUGGCGGCGCAAAGGGCGCAAAGGGAGGUGCAAAGGGAGGCAAAUCUUCCAGCCUGUCGUCUGCCUCGCGCGUCAGCAAAUCGAAAGAUGGUCCCAAGCGUCCCCCGGCCAAGGAACAGAAGAACAAGCCCCGCACCGUCCAGGAAAACUUGAAGAAAAAGAAGAAGAGAGUGUACACCGAGAAGGAGCUGGACCUACCCGAGUUGAACCAAAUCACACCUGUUGGAGUGAUCAAGCCCAAGGGCAAGAAGAAGGGCAAGACUUUUGUCGAUGAUGCGGAGGGCAUGAUGACAAUUCUCGCCAUGGUGAACGCCGAGAAGGAAGGUCAGAUCGAAUCCAAGAUGAUGAAGGCACGUCAAUUAGAAGAGAUUCGCGAGGCAAAGAGAGCCGAGGCUGAGGCUCGCAUGAAGGAGAGGAAGAACAAGUUUGACGAUGUGAAGGAUUCCAUCCGGCAAAAGAAGAAGGGCAAUCGUGGCGACAAGGCCGCGGAGCCGACGAGUAUCAAGGAUAGCAUCUCGAAGCCCGGGCGAUCAAAGAAGAAGACCGUUGCAUUUGCUUAA